UGUGUGUGUCGUCAGGGCGAUGCAUUGCCGUCACCGCCGCCGUCUUGGUUGUCCUCCUCGGCUGGUGCAUCCUCACCUGUCAAGUAGACACACACACGCACGCACACACACACACGCAUAGCUGUGUGAUGGCGACGGGCAUUAGGGCGUGUGGUGUGCUGUGUGUGCCUUCCUCCUUCCUCGUGUGCACCUCCGCUGUCGACGUCCAUAUCGUCCCAGCCACCGCCACGAUGGCCGUCUGCACCACACACAAAGACAGACAGACAGACAGACAAGUAAAUGCCAUCCAUCCAUCCAUGCAUCCAUGGCCACCAUAUAGAGGUGUCCCCUCUCUCCCUGUCCGUACCAUCAUCAUCCUGCUGCUGGUCUUCUACUUGGCCGUCAAAGACAUAUGGCGCCACUCGCCCCAGCGCCACACGGGCCAGCUGAGUGGUCACGGGGAAGCGGUCCUUGAAGGGCGCAUCCUCACUCACACCAGCCACAGGCGCCUCGGUCGUCCAGAUCCAAAUCAACACUGCAGACAGACGAGAGAGAGAACAACACUGAUGACAUUUGACCACCUGAGCCUGUCUGCCAUCCUCACCGGUGCCGUUUCCCACAUCCAGAAUCCAAAUCCACGCGACGAAGUUGUGGCUGCUGUCAGCACCAGCCACCGCAUGUCACCGUCCCGGCUGAGUGUCGUCGAGCAUCCGGCCACCGGUGUGUGGGGCGACUGAGUGAGGAGGCCAUCCAGACGGCCGCCACCAACACGCCUCAACCAAGAACACACGCACACACACAAUCACACACGCACCCCUCUCGCCACUGCUGUCAUUGGUGUGGUACCUGUUGAGCCGUAUCCUUGUGCGAUUGAUCUGGUGAGUCCAGUAGAAGUGGCUGAGGACCAUGCUCUUGGCGAAGGACGACACCGACGCAUCGGUGGUCGGACCGCGCGACACCCAUUCGCCGUCUUCGUCCCGGCAGAUAAUGCGGCUGCGCACUGGUGGGUCAUGCUGCUGUCGGUGCUGCUGAUACAGAUGGCCGGCAGCGAGGGGCGGGUUGACGGCCAGUCGGAAGCCGGGCUCGUCCUUGAUGGCCCGCACCUCACCAUUGGCAUGGCGGACGAUCUGCAGGCAGCUGCCGUCACCGAAGUCGAUCUGGCGGCCGACCACCAUGAGCUGCGCCAACACACGGGGGAACGAUGAGUAAGCCUACACCACACCACACAGACAGACAGAGAGAGAAGGGAUGAGGCCUCUCUGUUUUCUCCCCGCCCCUCUGUGUGUGCCUUACCGUCUUGUUGACGUGUGUGUUGAUGUCAUCUCUCGUGAGCAUGAGGGGCAGCGUGCAGUAGCGGCACUGGCUGGCCAACUGCAGCACCUCCCGCGUCUCAUCCCACCGCCCGCCCUCCUCGGCUAUCCACACCGCCGCCAUGAGCUCACCAAUCCCGAGCGAUGGGUCGAACCGCAGCAGCUGCAGCCGCUGAGUGUUGAUGCCAUCUCCGUCACGGCUCAGUGAGUGGUCCAGUCGGCUGCGCAGCUGGUCUGACGAGAAGGCGUCUCUGAUGUCUCGUGAGGCUGCCCUCAGCUGCAGUGUGGUGCUGAUGUCGGGGGUGCGGCAGCGGUCUUCGGCAAACAGAUGGGCGAGGGGGUGCUCCUGGCUGCCCCCCUGCAGAUCGCACACACACGUAACAAUGCAGAUCGAUACACUCACAAGGCACAUCUGGUGCAUGGCGGUCGGUUGUAUCAGACCCACCUGACAAUGCUGCUGCUGCUGCGCUUGUUGUGGGUGGCUGCGGGUCGAUGCGACGCCGUGGCGGUCGGGCGAGGCGAACAACUCGUCUACAGCAUCGGUCACGAUCUGCACACACCACACACAGACGACAGACAACGACAUCAACAUGGUGCUGUGUUGGCGAUUCUACUGGUCUUCUGACAUGCCCACCCCUUUGGUGGUCUGUGUGUCGCCCCACAUGAGCCGCUGCAUCCUCAACGUCGUCAUGCUCGACUCCAACACCGACUCGCUAACUGAACUCUCAGCCUCAAGGGCCGCACUCUGACAAUGAACAAUGGGACACACAAACCCACACAGGCCAUAGAUAGGCCACGACACGUGUCGCUUUGGCUCACCCAUAUGCGGCCCGCUAUCUGCUUCUGGUUGGUCUUGCGUGUGACGUAGACGGCCGUGGCGGCCAGCAGACGGACAUCGCACCCGGCCAAAUCGAUGUCGCACAUCGACAAGAACUGCACACACACAGAAAGGCACACACAGAAAGGCACGGACAGACAGACAGACAGACAGACAGACAGGGAGAAGCCAUGCGAUGGCUGGAGGUGUCUGUGUGUGGCUGGCGGACAGACUGACCAUGAGGUAUUUGGCGAAUGAGAACAGGCGGCCGUGGGUGUUCAUGCCGGCAGCAGUGAACAGCUUAUCCAGACACCCGAUGCCGCACACAGAACUAUCAGCCGCCGCGCGACCCACCACCUGCACACACAGAGCCAGACAGACAGGUCGGCGCUGCACAGGUGAGCGUCGUGUGCGUGUCUGUGUCUGUGUGUCAAUACCUUUGCCUGUGUGUGUGUGGGGUCAUCCGGCAUGUCGUCCAUCAGCAGGUGUGGCUCCAGCCGCUCGACGCAGGCGGCCACACACGCAUCUGCUACCUGUGUGUCAGCAGCCAGGCAAGUGACACACACAUCCCAUGAGUCCUUACUCUCUGUCUGUCAUUCAGAUCUCUUUGCCUGUGUGGCGUUGUUCGGGUCGAUGAGUCUGUCUGCGCGGCAGACUCCAGCAGCCGCACCGCCCGCAUGACGGUCGCGUCGCAACAGCCCAUCGACGCCGCUCUCUUGACCAUGCCGUCCACCAACACGGCUGCAACACAUCACAGACAGCACAGCACACCUUUGAGGGCAUCUGUCGUCUGUUGUGUGUGCGAGUCGGGCGUACCUCUCUGCUGCGGCCAUUUCAUGCUACCGACCUGUUUGUCAGACCAACCGAAACACAGAGCACCUCUUGAUUGAUCACUCAUCCGGCAUUCCCGCUCGAUUAUUUUCCUGCUCGCCUCACCGUGAUGACUGCCGCCAU